AUGAAAUUAAAACCCCAUUACCUAUCUCGUAGAUACAAUUUCUACAAGUCCUUCAGCGACCUUGCUAACUGCACUACCAUGGCAAAUUAUAGGUUCACAAAUCGCUACGCUACAACGAUCCGAAAAUUGUACGCCAAGCUCUUGGCAGAAUGGUAUUCAAACCUAUGCUUCCUGCCAGACAUGCUUAGCAUAUCUAGUCACUAG